AUGAGCCGUGUGGACUGGAAAGUGCGCUACUACCACUUUAAGUACAGCGUGCCCACCUUCUCUUCGCCGUUCAGUGGCAGGGAGGUAACAUCUGUGGCACACCCUGAUGAGGUUGCCUACCUCCGAUGCCGGCUUUGUACAGACGUCGUCUCUGAGGGUUGCAGCCAGGGGGUUUACCUGGAGGUUGAAGUAGUGAGCAACUCGGACAAUCUGAGCAUGGCCGUGGUGGACUUUGAGGCGGGCGGCUGCAGUAGCGUCACCUUCAGUCCAGACACAGGCGCGGUGAUCCGGGAGCGCAAGGUCAGGGAGGCACCGCGGAAGGUCGAGGGCGCUUACAUCCAGCCCUUGCCCACUGUUGCGACGGGCCGUCCAUUCCAUGGGCUCAUGGGUCUCUACCUGUAUCAAGACCGCUUAGCGUUUUUCAGGAGGUGUGAGCUGCCGGGCGCGGAGGCGAGCGCGGAUUUCGGCAGGCGGACACCGCAUGGCGAAAGAGGAGAGCUGGCGGCCUGGGAAACCACUGGCUUCGUCUCUGACCUGAACUGGGCCGAGGGCCGACGCUUGACGCCUUGCCUUGCCUUCCGCGACGAGGGCGCCUAUCGGGUGCGAAUCGUCCAAAUUGGUGCAACACCACCAAUCGAUGUACAGAGAGCCAUGCACUCAGAUUCCAAAGCGUCAGACUGGCGAACCAGCUGGAGCGACUUUGACUGGGAGGUUGGAUCGUCGGACGCACCUCCAGCUUGA